UCUCUUCAGUCAUCGAUCCGCCUAAUAUCAUAUUAUCAGCACAAAUAAGGACCGUGGUAGUCGAAUCAUAAUGACUGUCAUCGUCGUCUAACUAUGACUCAUGGUUCAGCAAUGGGUGGACAAGACCCUCCGACUCCAUACGCACUUCAAAUUAAUAAUUGCUUUUGAUUUGUGUCAUCUUCUCAUUCCCACUCAAAUAGUCUAUCAUAAUUUAAUGACCAUUAAUUUAAUGACCAUAAUAAUAUUCAUAUCCUAUUCGCUGCGUGCGUUGAGUCCUACAGCAGCAGAGCAUUAUUGUUGAUUGCGCACAUCAUGCAUUGCAUAUGAUGAAAUUGGAGCCUAAUGGGCUCUUUUGUUGGCUUAGAUUUUACCGUCCAUGUGUAAUUAAUUAUAUCUAAGAUGGGCUUGUUCUGGAUUCUUUUUCUGGGGUUACUUCAUUUGGGAAUUUCCUCGAACGAGUUAAGUGCAAACGCUUCUUUUUCCAAAAGACCAAAAAUUGUGAAUGUUGGAGCCAUUAUCACACUUGAUUCCACAAUCGGCAGAGUUGCCAAGAUUGCCAUUGAAGAAGCUGUGAAAGAUGUCAACUCCAACUCCACCAUCCUCAAAGGCACAAAACUUCACGUGGACAUCAGAAAUACCAACUGCAGUGGUUUUCUUGGCCUGGUUGAAGCUUUACAAUACAUGGAGACGGACGUUGUAGCCGUGAUCGGGCCGCAAUCCUCCGUGGUGGCCCACACGAUACUCCACGUCGCGAACGAGCUCCAGACUCCCUUCCUCUCGUUCGCAGCCACAGAUCCCACCUUAUCCUCUCUCCAGUUCCCUUACUUCAUCCGAACCACACAAAGCGACCUCCACCAAAUGACCGCAAUUUCCGACAUAAUCGACCACUUCGGGUGGAAGGACGUAAUCGUCAUUUUCAUUGACGACGACUACGGCCGCAACGGCCUCUCCUCGCUGGACGACGCCCUCGCCGCCAAACGCUGUCGGGUUUCCUACAAAGCUGGAAUACCUCCCGGCGACGUCAGCAGGAGCACCAUAAUGGACAUUCUCGUAAAAGUCGCCUUAAUGGAGUCCCGUAUUAUCGUGCUUCACGCAUAUCCAGGAAUCGGGCAAACGGUCUUCUCCGCGGCCCGUUAUUUGGGAAUGAUGGACGAAGGCUACGUUUGGAUUGCCACCGACUGGCUCUCGACUGCUCUCGACUCAGCUCCUUACCUCCGUUUGGACACUUUCACCGAUAACAUGCAAGGUGUUCUCGUCUUGCGCCAGCACACGCCAGAAUCGGACAGAAAACGGGCCUUUGUCGAAAAAUGGAGUAAAUUGAGUGAGAACUCGUUCGGGCUCAACACGUACGGGCUUUAUGCUUACGACACUGUCUGGCUGCUCGCGCGCGCGAUCGACUCGUUUCUCGACGAAGGCGGGUCCGUCUCGUUUUCGAAAGACUCGAGACUCGAGUCUUUAAAUAGGGACAGCCUCAACCUCGAGGCCAUGGUGAUUUUCGACGGGGGCCCGCUUCUUCUGAAGAAUAUACUGCGGAGCGAUUUUGUCGGGCUGACUGGGCAAGUCAGAUUCGAUGGCGACCGUUCGCUGCUUUUCCCGGCUUAUGAGAUAGUGAACGUGAUUGGGACGGGAUUGCACAGGGUUGGCUACUGGUCGAAUUAUUCCGGGCUCUCGGUUAAGGCGCCUGAUAAUAAGAUGCUUUAUUCGCGGCCCGCUAACAGUCAGAAGCUGAACAGUGUUGUUUGGCCGGGGGAUUCUGUGCGGGCCCCGCGAGGAUGGGUUUUCCCGAACAAUGGGAGGCUGCUGAGGAUUGGGGUCCCGAGGAGGGUGGGAUUUCGGGAGUUUGUGUCACAGGUGGCGGGCAGUAAUUUUUCGAAGGGGUUUUGUAUUGAUGUUUUUACGGCCGCUGUGAAUUUGCUGCCUUAUGCUGUUCCGUAUCAGUUUGUUCCGUAUGGGAACGGGGAAGACAAUCCGAAUUAUAAUGAGAUGGUGAAGCUGAUCACUACAGGAUACUUUGAUGGUGUGGUUGGGGAUAUUGCGAUUGUCACAAAUCGAACGAGAAUCGUGGAUUUUACGCAGCCAUUUGCUGCUUCUGGACUUGUGGUGGUUGCACCAUUCAGGAAGUUGAAUACGGGUGCUUGGGCUUUUCUAAGGCCGUUUUCUCGUCAGAUGUGGGGAGUCACUGCUGCCUUUUUUGUUUUUAUUGGUAUUGUUGUCUGGAUUUUGGAGCAUCGGAUUAAUGAUGAGUUUCGUGGGUCACCAAAACAGCAGCUGAUUACUAUUCUAUGGUUCAGCCUCUCGACUCUAUUCUUCGCUCAUAGAGAGACUACUGUGAGCACACUUGGGCGUCUUGUGCUCAUUAUAUGGCUUUUUGUGGUCCUCAUUAUCAACUCGAGCUACACUGCAAGCUUGACUUCCAUUCUCACUGUACAACAACUUUAUUCGCCCAUAAAAGGGAUCGAGUCCUUGAAGAAAGGAGAUGAGCCUAUUGGGUUCCAAGUGGGCUCCUUUGCCGAGCAUUAUCUGACAGAGGGUAUCGGCAUACCAAAAUCGAGACUGAAAGCUCUUGGGUCACCCGAGGAGUAUGCUAAAGCCCUUCAGUUGGGCCCGAAAAAAGGAGGUGUUGCAGCUGUGGUUGAUGAACGGCCGUAUGUCGAGCUUUUCUUGGCAAGCCAGUGCAAGUUCAGGAUUAUUGGACAGGAGUUCACGAAAAGCGGAUGGGGUUUUGCAUUCCCCCGAGACUCUCCCCUAGCCAUCGACCUAUCGACCGCAAUCCUAACCCUAUCAGAAAACGGUGACCUCCAAAGAAUUCACGACAAGUGGCUCACGAUGAGUUCUUGCAGUUUGGACAACACCGAGCUCGAGUCUGACCGUCUUCACCUCAAGAGUUUUUGGGGCCUUUACCUCCUUUGUGGCUUGGCCUGUGUUGUAGCCCUUUUCGUAUACUUUCUGCAAAUUGUUCGGAAAUUCCGUGAGGCUGCCUCGGGAGAGCGCGUUUCGAGUGGGCCUUCCGGAAGCUCACGCUCCAAACGACUACAGACGUUGAUCUCGUUGAUUGAUGAGAAGGAGGAUCUGUCGAGGAGGGAGAGGAAGAGGAGGAAGCUUGAGAAGAUGUUGACAGAAAACGGGAGAGGAGAAGAUGACGUGGAGAGGGCUUCCAAGAGGAAGCAUUAUAAUCUUGAAAUUUGACAAAGUAUACAAUGUAAGGAGGGUUUUUGCCUUUUGGUGUGGUUUAGUGUGUUGGGUUCAUGAAUAAGGUUGACAAGUAUAACAAUGUGAUAAGUGUUGUUGUUGUUAUCCCAUGAGAAGCAUAGUGUAUGAUAGAGAGGAAAUUGUUGUUCAGAAUCUUGAAUGAGAGAAAAUUGUACUUAGUAAGAGGUUUAGAGUAAUUUGUUGGUUGGUUUUCAGGAAUCAUCUCACAGAGUAAUUUGUGUAGCUUAAUAGGUUGCUGGUGGACAAGUUCAUACAAUCAAACUUCUGUUGCUUAUUAAGACUUGUACUUUAUAAAAUAUUAAAAGUAUGAUAUUUUAUUCACAUUUUAUGAUGAAUUUAUAGCAUUUUUGCAACAAGAUGCGAGUGUAUUUGUAUGGGACUGCCUCACAAUGGCUCGCUG